AUGACGGAGUCGGUAAAUCUCGAAGCUGAGUGCAAGCGCUUGCACGAGCGAAGCCUUCGAGCACUAGAAGAAGAGUUACGAACAGACAAGGAGCACCAGGUCAUUCAGAAAGAGAUUAAGCAGCUACGACGGCAUGGCAAAGCACUUCUGCAGUGCUCCAAUGAUAAGAAGAGCGCGGCAACGAAGAUACUAGAAGAUUACGCCAAGGCUGCGUGCCGCAAGUUGUGCGAAGAUGUUUACGGUGCCUUCCCUCGCGAAGUCCGCGAUAUGAUCUAUGGUCAUCUACAUGCACGUGACGAAAUGCGCGUUACUCGUGGUUUCAAAGGCCGCUGGAGUGAUGGCAGCGAAUCCUACUUCAAUUCCUGCUCAGAGAAACACUGGUGCGCAUCUGGUGCACACGAAGUUGCCGGGACAAAAGACCUGUGGUGGGAUUCAUGCUGCGUGGGCGAAAACAUGCUACGAGAGUUGAGCGAGCACUACUACCGUACAGUCCUCUUCUUAUUCGCAGCCGAUUGCGAGCUUCUUCUGAAGUUUCGAGUCACCGAUCAAUGGGGCCUGGGGUUCGUCCCUGGUGACAUCGCGACCAACAUUGGAAUCUCGAUCGAUUGUGCCAGGUAUGACUUCGCUGACAUAGGAUUGAUCUUACGCGAUGAUUCCAACUCAGCCAAUGCUAAUAUCAGCUGGUCUGCCUGGGACACUGACUCUACCCCGGAUCGCAAACCUUGCGAAGCAUUGUCACUGGAUCUUGAGCACCUCUUCGGUUUUAGAGCUGGCACAAACAUCUUCAUCCAGGUUUCAGUGGAAAAGAUCAAGAAACGCAGCCUUCUGGAGAACCAGCAGUGGAUGUGCGACGCUGUCAUGCCAAUUCUCCUGUCAACACUGCAACGCCUCAAAGUGGCUGGUUACAAGCUUAAAAUAGUUCUCAGCAGUAAGGAGCGUUGGGCUUUCAGCCGCGACACAGAAGACGAUUUCACAUUUUCGGGGCAAAAGUUAGACAUGGAUGUUAUGCAAUCUUCCUUCAGACUCUUCAAGGUUCGAGCGCUUGGAAAGAUUCAACUCAAGAAGGACGCCGAAGAGGGGAACGACAGUUUUGGGGAUGUAGGAGACGAUGACGAAGACAACGAAGAAGGACACAGUAGCAACUAG